AUGAAGCUCAGCCCAUAUCAAUCGCAGUUGUUGAUAAUAUCCGCUUCUUUACUCCUAUAUUUCUUAAGUGUUACUUAUUUAGAACGAAUAAGAGCUCAAUCUGAUACACGUAAUGUCCUUCUUGAGCUGGCCAAUUACAGCCGAAUAUCCCACGUGGCCGACGAUACAGUUAAUUCGCUCAAGGCUUACUAUGCAGACAUAUUAGACUGCGUACAAUUGCAUUCCCUUCCAGUUGGUUAUGAAGUGGAGGAAUUUUACAUCGCGAAUAGCAAAGGUACUUUCAACCUCUUGCAAGUAAAUAAUACCAACGCGAUAAAAGUAGACUUUGAAGGCGGAUUAAAGUUAGUGUUGCGUAUUUAUAACAAGAAAGGAGAUGUAUACGGAGAAUCAACUUGCUAUACUACGCUCCAAACGUCUAAUGUCUGGUAUCUUACCCAUAAUUUGGCAAUCUAUCCAAAGCUCAAUGUCUAUGAUAUUUCAUCAAUAUGCCUCAUCUGCGGCCUGCUGCUUGUAACCGUUUUGUGCCUACGUAACAAAUAUGCCUACGCUAUUGCCUAUUUUAGUGCUCUUUUUCUGUCUAUAGAAAUCGCGAGACGCUCCGCUAAGCUGACUAAGCAUGCAGGUGCGGAACUAAUGAACUACAUUAGUUUUGUAUCUUCCAUAUCUCUAAUCGGCGCGGUCAUCCUCAUUUACAAAUUGCAAGCAGAUGUGCUGUCUAAACAUCAUAUUUUACACACAGUCUUCUGCGAAUUAUUCAAAAGUGGAGCCGUCCGCCUUUCCAUAUUAUUUGUGCCCUUUGUACAGUAUAUAGGGGUUCACGUCUCAUAUUGGUUUAUUUGGGUACCUAUAGUUCGUUGCAGUGUAUUGAGUGCUGUAGGAUCCCUUAUACAGCGGGAAACGUUGAAAAACACGGGAAACAUACAUUUUGGCCCCUCGGGGCAUAUGGAAAAAAGAGUGGUAUCAAUAUCGGACCGUGAAUUAGUUGCAAAAACUACGUUACCGACGCGUGGUGCAGUUCUGGUCAUUUUAAAUGUAGUGUUGACCAUAUUGUUGGUUGUCUUCUCAUUCAAAAGCGUCCGCGGUACGAAUUGCACAGAAUCGUUGCAAAAUGCGCUCAAUGGGACUUACGCUAUUGAAGUCGACAGAGUAGUCUUUGGUACCUCUCCUAGUGAAGGUCUAAAGACGUUAAGUGCUGAGAUGCAAAGAAAGGUAGUGCACGUAGGUAUACAGCAGGCUAGAUCAAUAAAACACGCGAGUGAAUGGGUCAAGGAGGUGCUAUUCAAGAUCGAUAUGCCAAAAAAAAUGGGUUUUCUUACACGAGCCGUAGGUGACAACAACACAUAUGUUACACAAAUAGACCCACGCAAUGUUAAUGAAGUUAUGGACGCAGUGGAUACACCAAAUAUUGAAUGUGUCUUCAUAUUUCAAACAUCAGAUGACGAUGUCAUGUAUCUGCAGGUUGAUUUCGAGGGGAAUUCCGUUGGCCUCACGAAUAUUGAGCAAUCAAGACUGUAUCACAUGGACACGAAGACAAAUUUUAUACCGAUGUCACUCGGUGGUUCUCUGUUUCUGGUUCUAUUGUUGCAUAUAUAUUUUGAAAUGAGGACGAACAGUUUACUCGGAGGGUGGAAUAUUUUUUGUCAAGGAAAAUCUAAGACAAAGGCAAGAGUAUACAUACUUGUGGCUAUUUGCAUCCUUGUCUUAACAUAUACAUUAACUUGUCUGCUGAUGACCUUCAAAUACAAACCUGAGGUAACUAGGCAGCUUUCAGAUCCACAAUUCGGCGUACUGCUCCAUUUAUUGAGAAGUAUCCCUAUCAUUGACAAUCUGAGCAAAUCAACAAUAUUCGCGAUUGCAGUUUUUUUGGUUUUGUAUGUUGUCAUGAUGUUGCCGCAACGCUACUAUUUGUUCACCAACAAUGGGGAAGUCAUCAGAAGGAGUGUCUCAACAAACUUAAGACACUUAUCAGUUCUCUUGUAUCAAAUAUCUCUGUCGUUAAUAUCUUGGUCUGUCGUGGGAAAUCGUAUUUGCGACAACUCUGUUGAUGAUUUCAAUGGUUUCUUCGAAACCUUGCGCUACAACUUUAUUUUGGCACUCAACAAGGUUUUGGCAAGAUAUGCAAGCAAAUAUCUCAAUGUUUACAAUGAUAUUACCACAAUGUGGUUCUAUAACUUGGGACUCACAUCGCUGUUGGCCGUGAGUUACUAUUACGCGCAGUCCAAGAAACAAAAAUUUAUACCGACGGAUACCUUUGCCAAGUAUAAAGAUAACUUCGAAAUAGACAUCGUCGCUCACAUGGAUGAUAUAGUGGGAUUCAAGAUUUUUCUCAAGUCGCUGGAAGAAUACAAGCAAUACAUGCAUAAUUCUGCCAAGGAGGUAGAUUAUUGUCUCAACUUUUUUUCCAGGUUCCCUAGAAAGGUACCCGAGGGCGUUAUUAGAAUGCAUCCAAAAAUACAGGUUCAUAAUUACCUCGACCGCAUAAAAAAGUAUAUGCUGUGUGUAAUGUUCCUCCGUAUGAAAGUAAGAAAUUUGCUAUUAAAAAUUGAGACCCUCGAAAAACAAUCUAUGCAGAGAAAACCGUGUAAUGAAAGCAGGCGGCGAUAUAUAAAUGCUCUAAAACAAAAAUUGCAAUUGACAGUGGCAGCAAUUGAGGGAUUCAAAAGGACAACAGAAAUAUUGAAAACUGGUGCACGCUUGCAUCAAAUGGGAAGUGCAAUGAAGACUGGUAUAUUUGCAGGCUACGCAACUAAGGGUGAAAUAUGUGACGAACGUGAAGGUGAUGACUGCCUAGAUCGAGAUACAGCUGAAUUGGAGAAUUUUGUACUACCGCAAUCGCGUAGUUAUCAAACUCCGAAUAACGGUGACCAAAUAAAACAAUAUGCUGACAUCGCAUCCGUGAACUAUGAUCUUUUGUCUUUCGAACGUCUGAGUUCUCUUACUGAAGACCCCAAAUAUGGCAGACCAAACUCGUAUUUAACAAAGGGGCAUGACGGCGAAUCUGCUGAAAUGGAAGCAUCUGCCGUACAUCAGCGGUCAAAUAUGUCAAGUGUGAUGGAUUUCCCCAAAGGAUUUUUGCCUUUGUCUUCCAGUGGAGGUAGGCACACUGUACUACCCAUUAGUGAAAGGAUUAAUACGCCGAAUAAUUGCAGCAAUCAGGAUGUUGUAAUAAAUACUACACAAUGCAGUCUUUCACAAGGCGACGACUUGAGGAUAAGCACUCUCAUUUGUGGUUUUCCAAAUUAUAAUACGUUUCAGAAUGAGCCUCGGAUCUGUGGAAUUGUUAAUUCUUAUGCGGAAGAUGACACAAAUAAUCGAGGUCUAUCUGACGUAAGAAAAGCUACAAAAACUGUACGUUCUGUUACAUUGCCAUCUCUCGAUACAUCUAAAGGUGAGACCAACGAUGGCGGUUGUACCAAUAUCGAAGAAGAAUCUGGUGCUCUGAAAAUGACUAACGAAUCGAUGAGCGUCACAGACGAAACUGUGGUUUCCAAUGCACUAUGUUACGACGUAGCAAAGGCCAAAAAAAAACAUAUAGGACACCAUUCUGCUACACAGGUCUCGAAUCUCGGUAAGACUCCGGAGCUCAUGAGCACUCCAACCGACAUGAAUUACACAUUUAUUGUGGAAGACAAUGGAAAGGAAGCAUCCGGAUUUCUCUUACAAAAAAACGCUUCAAAAGAUGCCAAUUUGUUCGAUGAGCAUUCUGUUUCUAAAUCAGAAGCUUCAGUGAUGCAAAUAAAACAUGAAAAGGUGAAAAGCGAUAAUUCUAAGGAUGGAGAAAUGGGUAUAUUCAAAGCGAGCAUUUUUAGGAAAUGGCGAUAA